UUGAGCACAAUGGGAGUACCGUUUCGCAGGAGAAAGUAGACAUGACAGAUUUAGUUUAAACACAUUUUGUUUAAAAGCAAGGAUAUACAUCUUUCAAAGUCAUCAUCUGAAAAGGUCUAGGCCAAUACAAGGCUAAUACACUCAAAACGCAGUUGAUGUUAGAUUGCUCAGUGCUUAAAAGCAAAGGGAUUUUGACAGGAUGUACCAUGAAGACGGCGCUAAGUCUCUCAGACCACGUUAUGGAUCCAUUGUGGAUGACGAGAGGCUCUCAGCUGAGGAAAUGGAUGAGAGGAGACGGCAGAAUCUUGCCUAUGAAUAUCUGUGUCACCUAGAGGAAGCCAAAAGGUGGAUGGAGGCCUGUCUGGAGGAGGAGCUCCCUUCCACCACGGAUCUGGAAGAGGGCUUGCGUAAUGGCGUGUUCCUUGGCAAACUCGCCAAGUUCUUUGCCCCAAAAAUGGUGUCUGAGAAGAAGAUCUAUGACCGAGACCAGGCUCGUUACAAGCACACAGGGCUACACUUCAGACACACCGACAAUACGGUGCAGUGGCUCAGAGCUAUGGAAUCUAUUGGUUUGCCAAAGAUAUUCUAUCCGGAGACAACUGACGUGUACGAUCGCAAGAACAUGCCCAAGGUGAUCUACUGCAUACACGCACUCAGUCUGUACCUCUAUAAAUUGGGAAUCGCUCCACAAAUUCAAGACCUGCUGGGGAAAGUGGCCUUCACAGAUGAGGAGAUCAGUAACAUGAGGAAAGAGCUGGAGAAGUAUGGCAUCCAGAUGCCAGCCUUCAGCAAGAUUGGGGGCAUCCUGGCCAGCGAGCUCUCUGUGGACGAAGCUGCAUUGCAUGCUGCUGUAAUCGCCAUCAAUGAGGCCAUAGACAAAGGCCAGGCCGAGGUCACCAUGGCCUCUCUGCAGAACCCCAACGCCAUGCUGAGGAACACCCAGGAGGAGCUGGCCCAUGACUACCAGGACACGCUGAGCAGGGCCAAGAGGAAGAAAGAGGCCCACGCCUCAGGACGACGCUUGUCCAUUGCGACUGAAGAGAGAGACGUGUAUGAAGAAUUACUGACCCAACAGGAGAUCCAGAGCAGUGUGGACUUGGUCAACACACUUAUAGCCGUGCAGCAAGUAAACCAGGCCAUUGAUGCCCAGGAUAAAGAGGCUCUGCUGGCUGGACUCAGGCUACCCGCCCUGGGCCUUUUGGGCAUCGAAGAGGCCAACUCUCAGUGUUACCUGGUGCAGUUCACAUCAUACAGGGAGCACAAAUCUAAGGAUAUCGGAGCUGAAGCACAGUUGGAGAAGGACGAGAUCCAAAGGGCAGUCAACUCCUCCAAUGACUUUGCUGAGGCAGAGAAACGGAAACAGGAGGCCAUGGUGACGAUUAAUGCUGCCAUUCGCCGUGCUGUGCCAGAGGAGACGGUAGAGCAGCUCCAGAACCCCGACGCCCAGCUGCCCAUCGUGUACCCCACGGCUGCCAGCCUGUACCAGUCAGAGCUCUUCAGCCUGCAGGGCAGCUCACAGAACAAGGCAGGUCUGGGCCACGAGGAGCUGUGCGUUGCUGUCGAGAUGCUGUCGGCCGUAGCUGUCCUAAAUGACGUGCUGGACACCAAGGACGCUUCGGCAGUAACCGAGCAGCUGUCGCAUUCUCCACUUGGUUUCAGCAACAUCGACCAUGACAACAUGCAGAGAUAUGCUGACACACUGAUGAGCCUCAGAGCAGAAUCUCUUGCUCAGGGACAGGAGUUCCUUACCUGGAAUGAUGUUCAGAAAUGCAUUGACACUGUUAACAGUCAGGUUCAUGAGGAACAUGAAAGAGUCAUUGCCAUUGCUGAGAUCAACGAGGCCCUGAACUCUGGAGAUCCAGAGAAGACCCUCGCUGCUCUGCUCCUCCCGACAGCUAAAUUACAGAGCAUUAACCCAGCCACAGCCAAACAUUAUCACAAUCUGCUGCUGCACACCAAAGAGCUUAUCUGCAAGAGAUCAGGAGAUGAGUCUGCAGUACUGUGGCUGGACCAGAUCCAGGAGGCUAUACACACUGCUAACCAAGACCAGGAGGAAGCUCUCAAAUUGGCCCAGGCAGUGGCAGCCAUCAACCUGGCGGUAGCAGUGGCGGACGGGGAGGCCACGCUGGCCGCUCUGCAGGCUCCCGGUGCGGGGCUAAGGGGAGUGCUGGCAGAGUGUGCAGGCAUCUACCAGACCGAGCUGGCCCAGCUGCAGACCCAACACACCGAACAAGGAACUAGUGGUAGUUUGUGGGUGAAGCACAGGAUCAAGGAGAAAUACGAUUACUUCUACAACCUGGAAACCAAAGAAGGGACAUGGGUAGAACCAGAAGACUUUAUCCAUGAUGGCACACAACUCACCAAAGAGGACAUUCAGAGUGUUGUGAGCAGUGUGACAGCAGAGUACAACCGAGAACAACUGUGGUUGGCCAAUGAGCCAAUCAUCAUACAGCUACAGGCCCUCAUUCGUGGAUACCUUGUGAGGCGGGCCUACAAUGACAGAUUGAAAUAUUUCAAGCAAAAAGAGCCAAGUGUAAUCAAACUACAGGCAUCCUGGAAGGGCUAUAAACAGAGGAAAGCAUACAAAGACAGACUAUACAUCUUUCAAAGCAAUGUGAAGACUGUGAUCAAGUUACAGUCUUUGGUUAAAAUGUGGAAAGCCAGACGAAUGUACAAAAAGAGACUACAGUAUUUUGAAGAACAUGAAAAAGAGAUAGUGAAGAUUCAGGCUUUUUUAAAGGCAAACAAAGCCAGAGAUAAUUACAGAACUCUCACCAGUGCACAGGACCCUCCUCUCUCUGUGGUACGCAAGUUUGUUCACUUAUUGGAACAGAGCAAUCUGGAUAUGCACGAGGAACAGGAAGUGACACGGCUCCGAGAACAAGUGGUCACCAAGAUCCGCGCCAAUCAGCAGAUGGAGAAGGACCUGAACUUGAUGGACAUUAAGAUCGGCCUGUUGGUGAAAAACAGGAUCACACUUCAGGAUGUGGUGUCACACAGUAAAAAGAUGAAAAGCAAAAAGAACAAAAUGAGCAAGGAGGACCCGGCCACAGGAGACAAGCAGGGCAUCAAAGGCUUGAGCAAAGGGAAGCGGAGGAAACUGGAGGCCUACCAGCAUCUCUUCUACCUACUGCAAACCAACCCAUCAUAUCUGGCCAAGCUCAUCUUCCAAAUGCCUCAGAAUAAGUCUACCAAGUUCAUGGAUACGGUGAUCUUCACCCUGUAUAACUACGCCUCCAACCAGAGAGAGGAGUACCUGCUGCUCAAGCUCUUUGAGUCUGCCCUCAAGGAAGAGAUCAAAUCAAAGGUGGACCAGAUCCAGGACAUAGUCACAGGGAACCCUACAGUUAUUAAAAUGGUGGUGAGCUUUAACCGAGGGGCACGGGGUCAAAAUGCCAUGAGGCUGCUCCUCUCCCCAGUGGUGAAAGAAAUCAUUGAGGACAAGAGCCUGGGCAUAAACACUAACCCCAUAGACAUCUACAAAGCCUGGGUCAACCAGCUGGAGACAGCUACAGGGGAGGCAAGCAAACUUCCCUAUGAGGUCACAGCAGAACAGGCUCUGUCCCAUGAGGAAGUGAGGGCACGGCUGGAGUCAUCUAACCAGAUACUGCGCUCUGUAACGGACAAAGUGCUAAGUUCCAUUAUGUCAUCAGUGGACGCCAUCCCAUAUGGCAUGAGAUAUAUAGCUAAGAUUCUAAAGGACACUCUUCUUGAGAAGUUCCCCGAUGCUUCUGAAGAUGAUCUGCUAAAGAUUGUAGGGAACCUGCUCUAUUACCGGUACAUGAACCCAGCUAUUGUAGCCCCAGACGGCUUUGACAUCAUAGACAUGACAGCAGGGGGGCAGCUGCACUCGGACCAGCGGAGGAACCUGGGCUCCGUGGCCAAGAUGCUACAGCAUGCCGCCGCCAACAAGCUGUUUGAGGAUGGCAGCGACCAUCUCACGCCCAUGAACAGCUAUAUCUCCUCCACCUACCGGAAGUUCAGAGCGUUCUUCCAGGCUGCAUGUGAUGUCCAAACUCCAGAAGAGAAGUUUAAUGUGGACGAGUAUUCAGACAUGGUGACACUCAGCAAACCGGUCAUUUACAUCUCUAUAGAGGAGAUCAUCAACUCUCAUUCACUUGUCCUAGAGCAUAAGGAGGCAAUAGCUCCAGAUCACAGUGAUCUUUUGCAUGAGCUCCUGGAGGACCUGGGCGAGGUUCCUGAUGUAGAGUCAAUGCUUGGUGAAGGUGCCGUGGAUCCCAAUGACCCCAACAAAGAAAACACCUUAAGCCAGCUGGCCAAAACGGAGAUCUCUCUCACACUGACUAACAAGUUUGAACUGAAGGAUGGGGAUGACCAGGAUCUGAAGGGACUGAUCAUGAAGACAAAGAAGCUGAUAGUGGAUGUGGUGAGAAUCCAACCAGGAGAAACUCUGAUUGAUAUCCUAGAGACUCCUGCUUCAGCCCUGCAGGAGGCCGAUCACACCAGAAUGGUGGAGUGGCAGGUGGCGCAGGAUGCCACGGCCCCAGAAGGGCUGAAGAGCAGCCAGGGCAUGCAGGAGGAGCGGCAGCUACCCCUGGAGCAGAAGAAACGUAAGAUCCUGCGCAACCUGCGCACCUUGGAACAGGCCGGCCUGGUCAGCUCGGCCACCAAGCACCAAGAACUCAUCAACGACAUCUCCAGGGACAUUCGCAACCAGAGACGCUACAGGCAAAGGAGAAAAGCAGAACUGGUGAAGCUCCAACAGACCCUGAGCGCCCUCAACUCCAAGGCAGCUUUCUAUCAAGAUCAGAUUAAUUACUACGACACCUACAUCAAAACCUGCCUCGACAACCUCAAUAGAAAGAACACUCGGAGAUCAAUCAAGUUGGACCAUAGGGGAGAAGAAAAGGAAAGCAAAAAGUCUAAGCAGCAGUCUGUGAAGUACACAGCUGCUCGGCUGCAUGAGAAGGGUGUCAUUCUGGAGAUCGAGGGCCUUCAGACCAAUCAGUUGAAAAAUGUCAUGUUCGACAUCUCGCCCUGUGAGGAAGUUGGGGACUUUGAGAUAAAGGCCAAGUUUAUGGGAGUCCAGAUGGAAAAAGUCCAGCUGCAUUUCCAGGACCUGCUUCAACUUCAGUAUGAAGGAGUCGCUGUCAUGAAAAUGUUUGACAAGGCUAAAGUCAAUGUCAACCUCCUAAUUUUCUUACUGAACAAGAAGUUUUAUGGAAAGUGAAGUCCUGUACUGUUGGAAGCAUUUGAUGAGAUGACUGUGUGUAUGCUUAAGAUUGUUUUGUUGUAGAAGUGUACGAAACUGGAAAUUUGUGAUGUUGGAUAUUUAAUUAUCGAAUUUCAAUGCAUGCCACAAGUUUUAAAUGGCUGUACUAGAGGAUAUAUAUUACUCUGAUUUUGUAUUGAUUGGAAGUGUAAUCAAAUUUACCAAAGGUCCAGCACAGCAUUUUCACUAAAGCAUGUAUACCUAGAAGUCCAUCGGUUUAUGCUAUUUCCACACAAAAAUUGUACAUGAAUUCUAUUUUUAAAUGAUAUUGUAAUUGAAGUAUAUAUUUUAUAUUUAGGUAAUGCUGUAUGUGAAACACUUGUCAUCUGCUGGGAACACAAGAUUUGAAAAUGAAUUUCACAAUGCACUACUCACUCGU